AUGUAUCGAUUAACCCAUACAUUCAAGCGCAUGCGGAUAUGGAGCUCUGAACAGGACGCGCCUCUAUGCGCUGUAUGCGCGAAACUGGACAUCUGGCGCAUGUUGCACGACGGCCUCCCCAAGGACAACGCCAUCUACCUCGGUACCCUUCCAAACAUCCUCUCUCGUGCGGAUGACUGCGCCCUCUGCUCGCUCAUCUCCACCGUCGUCAGGCGCACCUGGCUCUUGGACAGGAAGACAUUCCACGCUAACCUCUCAGAGGUUGAUCUGUCCAUUUACUCCCAGGAAUGUGGAUGCCUCCGCGUUCCGGAACCGCCCACCCGCGAGCUCGCUCAUCGACUUUGUGUCACUCCUUCUACGCGCCCAGCUGAGGUUAUUGCAGCCAUGGCUGCCGCGGAGACGAACCUCAUGCUCGAGAUGCAGCUCAUGGAAGAGGACGCCCACCAACUGGGGCGAAAGGUGGAACUCCACGGGCGGGUAGUGAAAGAGACAGUAGACGUGGACCUGGUCAAGGGCUGGAUGGCGUUGUGCGAAAGAGAGCAUGGGGCACAGUGCGAAGAGUUAUGGUGGAGAAAGAGCGAGGAGACGUCUCUUCCACCUGUGGUGCGCGUCAUUGAUGUUCAAGAUAUGUCCAUCGUACCCAUCCCUCCAAGCUGCCGCUAUCUCGCCCUCAGCUAUCUGUGGGGACGCAACGGCUCUUCGUACUGGACCACCAAAGAGAACCUACCUAGUCGCAUGCAGCCUGGAGGUCUGCCCAUCUGUGUCUUACCCACCACUAUUUCCGAUACUGUCCUCCUGACACGUCAGAUGGGCGAACAAUACCUAUGGGUUGAUGCCUUGUGCAUCGUGCAGAACGACCUCGACGACAAGCUCGCCCAAAUUCACCUCAUGGACCGCAUAUAUGGCUGUGGGGUUCUCACUGUCUUCGCUGUAGGCGGCAUUAGUGCCGACGCUCCUCUUCCUGGUUUCCGACCUGGAACACGUACCGUCGCUCAACGCGUCGAAACAAUACAAGGCUUACGUUUCGCCGUCCCUUUACCCACACCCCGCGAAUCGCUCGCCCAUACCCACUGGGACACGCAUCAAGUAUACUUCGAAUGUGCCAGCGACGUCUGGGCCGAAGACCUCAUUGCUGAAAGCAAUGGCAAAGCGUUGACACGGAGCCAACACCCCCUGACUAACGCCGGCGGCGGCCGCGUCAUGUUCAUGACCCGCCCGCCCGCGUUCCUCCUGCGCUCGCGCGAGUGGGUGCUUGGGUACAUGGACCGCGUGACGGAGUACUCAGAGCGCAAGCUCACCGUCGAGGACGACAUUGUGAACGCCAUCACCGCGCUCACGAACGCAUUCGCUCAGGGGUUCGAACUCUCGGGAGGAGAUCCAUCCCAGGCCUUCCGGUAUGGCAUGGCGGUCACAGACUUGGAUCAGACGCUACUGUGGCAGCCGAGGCCUGAUUCUCCGCUCACAAGGCGCGGUUGUGUGGGUGGUGAUAGCACCCGCUCGCCUUGGCCAUCGUGGGCAUGGGCGGGAUGGGUAGGUCCGAUCCGCUAUGCGAGCGAUAUGCAAUUUGUCGCUCUGCACUACUCGCACGACUGGCCACGUCCGAUGGAGUCUCUUGUGGACAAAUGGCACGUCGUCGAGGAGGACGCUGGUGCGCUCGUUCACCUCGGCCUGCGACCCAUCAAGCGCAUCGUGUUCGAUGGCAGCGAGAAGGGGCUGUAUGAGCCCCCACGAUGGGAUGCAGCGGUCUGGGAAGCCGAAGCAUCGGGCUUGAAAACGCUCCGCGCUGGCACGCUUGUGUUUCGCACAACGGUUUGCUGGAUGGUGGUGGAGAAGAACCAGUCUGCAGACGGACAAAUCGGCGAGCACCACACGCUGUUCGACAUCUUCCCCGGAAGCGACACAGACAGGUGCCACUUUGCAGGCCGGAUCGUUCUUCCAAGGUCACAUCCUAGUCCAUCGCAGGUUCAACUUAUCGCGCUCUCUCGCACAGACGGCAUUAAUGAGAUGUAUGACGCGGACUUCUAUGGCAAUUCGUAUGAAGGCUGUCUUUUGUACGUCAUGGCUGUGAAGGUGGUCGAUGGAGUUGACGUGCGUGAGAGGCUCGGUGUCGGGGCUGUUUUCGAGAAGGCUUGGUUAGACGCGGAGACGGUCGAUGAUAUCGUAUUACUGAGGUGA